ACGCUUUAACUCAUUAAUGAAACUUUAGUUGCUUUGAACUAACAAAAUGAUUAUUACUAGCAAUUAGUUUUGUUAAACAAUGUCUACACAAAAACGUAUUAUAAUAUCAUUUAAGAAACUACGAUCAAAUGUCGAUGACUACUGGUUUGCCAUACCAUCGAUGGUUAAGAAUAUCAAUGAUUUGAAAACAAUUUUGGCCACAGAAGAGAACUUGAAUGACGAAGAAGUGAAUCUGUAUAUCAAUGAUGUCUUAUUAAGAGAGAACUCGUGCGUCGAUAUUAUCAAAGAUGAAGACAAAGUUGAGGUCAGAUCCAAAUGUUGUGAUAAUAUAAUGGAUGUCAACAACUCUGUGAUGAAUAAAGGAUUAAAAAGACAAUCAAUAUUUAAACGCAUUGACCGACAGAGUACUGAAAAUUCAGAUGAUAAUUAUAAUACAAAACAUUUAAAACAAGAACCGAAUGAUACGGUUCACAAAAGUUGGAAUAAAUUUACAUCUUUUGGCAACACUUUGUGGACAAAACAUGUAACGGAAAAAGUCAUUCAUUUCAACGAUCAAACAAUUGUUAAUAAAGACAUAGAAGUGAUUGAUAUUUCAGACGACUCGUCCAGUAAUAGUAGUAUUGAGUCCAAAGAUGAUACUCACGACACUAUCGAUAAAGAAGUCACUAAAAAAGUCAUUAAAGAUUUCACUAAAGAUUUCAAUGAAUCCAAUGAAGAAUCUAAUGAAGAAUCCAAAGAAGAGUUCAAAGAAGAGUCCAAAGAAGAGUCCAAAGAAGAGUCCAAAGAAGAGUCCAAAGAAGAGUCCAAAGAAGAGUCCAAAGAAAAAUCCAAAGAAGAAUCCAAAGAAGAAUCCAAAGAAGAAUCCAAAGAAGAAUCCAAAGAAGAAUCCAAAGAAGAAUCCAAAGAAGAAUCCAAAGAAGAAUCCAAAGAAGAAUCCAAAGAAGAAGCCAAUGAUGUCAAUGAUAAUAACAAAACUGUUGGCAAUCAAGAGAUACCAAUUGAAUUUAUGAUACAAAUGGACGACAUCAACAUUUUUGAUGACUUUAUAUCAUCUGUCAAUAAUGUCUCAAUGGUUCCAACACAUGACAAUCAACAAUUAAUAUCUAAUAAAUGUGAUAAUAAUAAUAAUAUGAAUCAGAAAACGACAAAAGCAGAUCAUUAUUAUUGUGAUUAUAAGACAUGUAAUACAAGAAUAUUUAGAAGGAAACAGGAUUUACAACAACACAUAAAAGCUAAACACGAAAAGUCCUUCAGAUGUCAACAUAAGUUGUGUGGAAAUGUUUUCAAACUAAGAGAACAACUCGAAGAACACCAACAAACUAAACAUUCACAUACCGGUGCCAACAACUGUACUAUCGAUUCUAAUAGAAAGAGACGUCGUCUCAAUCGUCGGUUAAAAAAGGCAUUUCUCACAAAUGCCAAUCAGUCGGUGGUGUCGGUAUCGGCGUCGCCGGCGGCGGUGAAACCCAUUCCAAGUGAUAAUAAUGGCAGCCAUUCGUGGCAUUACCACAACUGGAACAAGACGUUUGAAUUCAAUGAAGAAUACAAAUACGAUUGUCUGUAUAAAGAAUGUAAUGAAAAAAAUUGUUUUCCGAACCAAAAGAAUCUGUUGAGACAUUUGCGCCAAAAUCAUAUGCAAUGCAAUUACUAUGACUGCAAUACUAGAGGAUCGUUGGCUGAAUUGGAGGAACACAUGGAAAGGGUUCACAACAGGUUCGCAAAGUUGCCGUUCAAGUGUCCGCACAGUCGUUGCCGGUAUAAGUUCAGAUCGUUGGCCCGAUUGGUACAACACGAUAUAAUAGAUCAUUGAAAUCUUAAUUUAUUAUUAUAUUUAGAGUCUAUUUUAUUAUGUAAUCAAAUAU